UAUGCUAUAAUAAAGAACUUACCACCUUUAACAGAUGAAUUACGAGCUAGAGUACCAGCUCUUCCUGUUAAAACUAGAAGUUCACCUCAGUUUUCAUUAGUGCUAGAUUUAGAUGAAACAUUAGUUCAUUGUAGUUUAACUGAAAUGGAAGAUGCAGCUUUUUCAUUUCCUGUUGUUUUUCAAGAUGUGACUUACCAGGUAUUUGUUCGCACCAGACCUGGAUUUCGAGAGUUUUUAGAGCGUGUAUCUAAGUUAUUUGAAGUUAUAUUAUUUACAGCAUCUAAAAGAGUUUAUGCUGACAAACUUCUCAAUUUACUUGAUCCUCAGAAAAAACUUAUAAAGCACCGGUUAUUUAGAGAGCACUGUGUGUGUAUUAAUGGUUACUAUAUUAAAGAUUUGUCAAUAUUAGGACGUGAUUUAUCUAAAACACUUAUUAUUGAUAAUUCACCACAGGCCUUUGGUUAUCAGCUUGAUAAUGGUAUUCCCAUAGAAAGUUGGUUUAUGGAUCAAGGUGAUCAAGAAUUAUCUAAACUCCUGCCUUUUCUUGAAAGUUUAGUUGCAAUGAAUGAAGAUGUUCGGCCAUAUAUACGCAAUCGGUACCGUCUACAUACAUUAUUACCACCAUAA